GUCUUCGGCCUUGGACCCUACAAGGCUAAAAGGAAAAGAGAACAGUCCGUUGUCGGAAGAAUUGGAUUUGAAUGUUCCUUUGUCCUUCCUAUUUCUCUCUCUCGAUUUCGGCUCAAAUCCCAUCUCUACAUCAUCAACAUUGUUUCUCGUCAACAGCUUCAGCACCAGAAGAAAACGACGUUUCGAUCGAAUCGAGCCUUCUUCCAAUCGACUAGCGGCGCCUCUUGAUCAAAUUCACCCCGUCUCAUUGGGGGGAAACCACGCAUCAAUCACACCUGCCAACCUAACACUUACCCCAUAUUCUCCUUCCCCCGUCGCAUCGUCGGUUUUCCUCUCGGACGCCGCACAUCAACCGAAAACCUAUCCUCGGUUGAAGUUUAGAAGGUGCAAAACCACACCCCAAGCACCUUCCUGAACCCGACCUCCGACCUCCACUUCCGACCCCAAACCAACCGCUUGCCCGUCCGUGUUGCAGUUACACCCCGCGCUGGGCACUUGCACUUGCAGUUUGUAACGACUAGCGACUCAAGGAAAGUCCCAAGUCGAGCCAAACUUCCGGCGACGAUUCCCGAGUCCGGUUCCCGUACCUGCCUGCCUUACCGUACCAGACCCUUUUUAUACCUCUUUUAUAAACUCCCAACUUCUUCCUCUUCUUUUUUUUUCGCCCAUCAUGCCCGCCGCUGUCUUCGCCUCUUCCGUUCAGCGAUCUCUUCUCUCGUCUUCGCUGCGCCGUGUCGCUAUCACUUCAUCCGCCGUCCGCCCUGUCCGAGCUUCCUUCGGUGCUAUCCAAACCAUCUCUCCCUUCGCCGUCCGCACAAUGGCUUCCCACCAGAAGAUCAAGGUCAAGAACCCCGUCGUCGAGCUCGACGGUGAUGAGAUGACCCGCAUCAUCUGGCAGGUCAUCAAGGAUAAGCUCAUCCUUCCUUACCUCGACAUCGACCUCAAGUACUAUGAUCUUGGUCUUGAGUACCGUGAUGAGACCAACGAUCAGGUCACCAUUGAUGCCGCCGAGGCUAUCAAGAAGUACUCCGUCGGUGUCAAGUGUGCCACCAUCACCCCCGAUGAGGCUCGUGUCGAGGAGUUCAAGCUGAAGCAGAUGUGGCUUUCCCCCAACGGAACCAUCCGAAAUGCCCUUGGUGGUACCGUCUUCCGUGAGCCCAUUGUCAUCCCCCGCAUUCCCCGUCUUGUUCCUGGCUGGAAGAAGCCUAUCAUCAUUGGCCGUCACGCCUUUGGUGACCAGUACCGCGCCAAGGACGCUGUCCUGCCCGGCCCCGGUAAGCUCUCCAUGGUUUACACCCCCGAGGGUGGCCAGCCUCAAGAGAUUGAGGUCUUCCAGUUCAAGAACGGCGGCGGUGUCGCUCAGACCCAGUACAACACCGAUGAGUCCAUCACUGGUUUCGCUCACGCUUCCUUCAAGCUGGCUCUUGACAAGGAGCUCCCUCUCUACAUGAGCACCAAGAACACCAUCCUCAAGAAGUACGAUGGUCGAUUCAAGGAUAUCUUCCAGGAGAUCUACGAGUCCACCUACAAGAAGGACUUCGAGGCCAAGAAGAUCUGGUACGAGCACCGUCUCAUUGACGACAUGGUCGCCCAGAUGAUCAAGAGCUCCGGUGGUUACAUCAUGGCCCUCAAGAACUACGACGGUGAUGUCCAGUCCGACAUUGUCGCUCAGGGCUUCGGCUCUCUUGGUCUCAUGACCUCUGUUCUCAUUACCCCUGAUGGCAAGACCUUCGAGUCUGAGGCUGCCCACGGUACUGUCACUCGCCACUACCGUGAGCACCAGAAGGGUAACGAGACCUCCACCAACCCCAUUGCCUCCAUCUUCGCCUGGACCCGUGGUCUCGUCCAGCGUGGCAAGCUCGACGACACCCCCGAGGUUGUCGCCUUUGCUGAGAGCCUUGAGCAGGCUUGCAUUGACACUGUCGAUAUUGACGGUAUCAUGACCAAGGAUCUUGCCCUUGCCACUGGCAAGUCUGAGCGCAAGGACUAUGUCACCACCAACGAGUACAUGGAUGCCGUUGAGCGCCGUCUCAAGCGAACCCUCAAGGAGAAGCUGUAAACGCAUUGUCAUCUGUCGUUUUUUUUUUACAGCCUCCCUUUAGCCUCUAAUUCCGCUUCCACCUUCCUGGCCUCUUAUGCCUCUGCAAAGAGUAGCCACUAUUUCAUGAACUCUUAAGAAUCGGCGUCGAAUAUGUUGUCACAACCUGAAUAGCAUCUCACAGUCUUGAGAACCACAAGAGCGUCACCUCUUGCGAUCUCUUGGCCACUCACUUCCUCAGCAGAAAGGAAGUUGGCGUCGUCAAGAGCAAUCAUGAACCGGAACCUUCUGCACAGACACAUGCAGUUGGCUAACGACUUAUGAAAAGCAUUCCUCCAUCGUCAUUGUGGUUGGAUAGGAUGUUGGGUUUUUGAAUAUGUAAAAGCAAAGAUUUGAGGAGGAGACAGCAUGUAUCAUGCCACCGAGUAUUGGAAAGCAGAUGUCCAUGUAGAAAGCAAGCUUGUUCUUAGCAUAUAGACAAGAUGGGAUACCCAGCCCUGCUUUAUAGUUUUCUUCACCUAGAUCUUCCCCGGCCAUUCGCAUUGUGACCACUCGUUCCCCGUAGUGCAUUCCUCCUAGUCCUUCUUUAGUCGCGGAUCAAUGGGUGGUAGAGUCAUAGGAUGUACUCAAAUUGAGCUUAAAGCAAAUCUAUUGGACCUUGAAACUUGUCCCUGCACCUCUUCUCACAUGUACGAUACAUUCAAUGCACAGCUGCUCUUGGUAGAUGCCGCUUCUGACGCCUCUUUUUGUCAUACUGCUUGCUGUCAAACCUCGGUAGUUGUCCGUAGCUAGCGUAACCGACACCCAAUCUCCAAAAUAAUUCCCUGUUUCAGAAAAGCAACAAUAACAACCAACUCCCUAUUUCCCUUUUCCCCCUUCCAAAGAAAACAGAUGUGCGUGUUCCUAGCUUCAGCGUCUGUAUGCAGCCCCGUGGUGGGGAAUGCCUCGGCUUAAGCCCGCACGUGUAUAUAAAAAUGAAAAGGAUCGUAUAAAAGGCUGACAUCAAAGGCUGACAAGUACAGAGGAUGAACACACCCGCAGGCCCGGGUUGACCCGACCGAGAUGGCCUCGGUUGGCCGGAAGGAAAACCGCGGUUGUCAAGGCAUGCGAUUCUGAUGCCGGGGAUUUCGCAUACAUACGGAUUCUGUCCGUAGGGCUCCGUUCUUCGAUUUCGAUAGUAAUACAAUUUUGCAAGCUUUGACCAUACAGUCGAGAGCGGCUACUCUCGCUCUAACAGUAGUACCCUCAUGGCAAGGUUGCGUGUUUGGACACAGACGUAUCUGUUCAGCCCUAUGCCGGACCUAUUCAGCGGAGGCUAGAGGAGCCUCCUUGUCUUUCUUAGACUUGCGUGCGCUUGGUGUCCCUUCUGCUGCUUCGCUCUUACGCUUCUUCUUCGUUGGUCGUGUUGAUGAGCCACGAGGCUUGUAUCCCGUGUCGUCUUCUGCAUUUCUCUUGCGCUUGCCCCUAACAGCAGGUGUUGAGGCAAGCUCCUGAUCCUCAUCCAUGCUGGCGUCCACGUCGCGAUCUGCGGCUGCUGCUGAACGAGCUGCAGCACUGACACGCUUGCCCCUUGUGCUGGCUCUUCCGCCGCGCUCACCUCGUGACCCACGCGUCUUACGCCCACCGGUGUGACCACCUUCAGCAUCGUCUGCGUCUCCAUGUGCUUCUCCGUCCUGGAGGAAAAUCUUGGGAGCGUGUUUGCGCAGCCAAUUUGUCACACUUGUAGGAUUCUUAAGAUGUGGAUGUGAUUGAUGAUUGCCAGGAUGAGCGCGGGGAGCGAGUGUAGGAAGCAUAUUCUCAGGGUCGAGGGCCAUAUCGAUUUCGUAGAUGUAGUUGUCGAUGUCAUCGGCAGAUAAGAAAUCGGCAGGAUAAGUUUCGCCAUCGACAGCCUUAAGAU